AUGGAUAAGUGGAAAAAUAUACAAUUGUCUAAGGAAGAGGAGGAAGCUGUGACACUGGUUGUGGAUGAGGUUUAUGGUGAAGAAAUCUUUCAGCGUAUUUUGGCAGGCAAGCUAUGGACGGAUAAUAAUUUCAACGCUCGAGCUUUCAUGACGACGAUCAUAAGUGCUUGGAAACUAAAAAAAUCCUAUAGAACUCAAGAAAUGAGUAAAAAUCUUUUUCUAUUUAUAUUUGCCACUCGAACUCAAAGAGGUAUGGAAUAUGUUCUCCGGAGUGGUCCAUGGAGUUUUGAUAGGAAUCUUCUUAUUUUAUCCCAUGUCUUUGGUGAAGAACAAUCGUCAGAUCUGAACAUGCAUUACGGUGUCUUCUGGGUUAUGAUCUAUGAUCUGCUCAUGAUGUUAAGGUCUGAAACUAUGGCGAGGAAAUUAGGUGGAAUUCUUGGGACUUUUGAGGAAUUGGAUCAGAAGGAAGCACACAGGAACAAUAGAUGGAUCUCAAACAACCUCUGA